GCGAGUAUUUCGAGCCUAAACCCGCAAAACCCUAACCAUAUUUCCCACACUUUUCACUUGGCUUCCUCUGCCACACCAAACAACCCCUCGCUUUUGAAAACGCGCGUUUCAGGCGAAGAUGGUUGGCGACAAGACGAAGAAGUUGAAAAUCGCUGAGAAUUUGGAAGAUACCAUCGACGAAAAACUCAUCCUCUCCAUUGAGAAGUUGCAAGAGGUCCAAGACGAACUCGAUAAGAUCAAUGAGGAGGCGAGUGAUAAGGUCCUCGAAGUAGAGCAGAAGUUUAACGAGAUAAGGAAGCCAGUUUACGAUAAGCGAAAUGAGAUCAUCGUCAAAUCUAUUCCUGAUUUCUGGUUUACUGCUUUUAUGAGUCACCCUGCUCUUUGUGAACUUCUGAAUUUAGAGGAUCAAAAGAUAUUUAAGUAUUUGGGUUCUCUCGAGGUUGAAGAUAAUAAAGAUGUCAAAUCUGGGUACUCAAUCACCUUUAAUUUCAAUCCCAAUCCCUAUUUUGAGAAUACAAAGCUUACGAAGACUUUUACCUUCUUUGAAGAAGGAUCAACAAAGAUAACUGCUAACCCCAUUAAAUGGAAAGAGGGCAAGGGAUUACCCAAUGGAGUCAAUCUUGACAAGAAUGGGAAGCGGGGUCGUAUUGAUAUCAGUUUCUUUACUUGGUUUAGUGACUCUGAACAGAAAGACGAUGCGGAUGAAAUUCAUGAUGAGGUUGCAGAAUUGAUCAAAGAUGAUUUAUGGCCAAAUCCACUUACCUAUUUCAACAAUGAGUUUGAUGAAGAGGAUUUUGAUGAUGAAGGUGAUGAUGAGGAAAAGGAUGAGGAUGACCAAGAGGAUGAUGACGACGAGGAAAGCAAUGACAUUUGAAAAAUGCCUUAUGGUGGUGUUUAUUUUUCCUAUUUAUUUUUCCCUGGUUGAAUAUGUAGGUUUUGGGCAUGGUGGCCAUUGCCAUUUUUUCAAGGUUUUUAUUAGGUGGAGCUAUCUAGAAAGUUAGUAGUUCUGACCAUAAUUUAUUAAUUAUUCUGUGAAGUUGUUUUGCCGGUUUCAUCCCUUGCGCACUUUUUUGGGUUGUUACUACUGGUAUACUAGUUGUCUCAACUGUUCUUUGUUGUGGAAUUACAUAGUAAAGUUACAGUAUUUAUUGUAUAUUUGGAUCUGUUAUCUAUCAUAAAAUUACUAUUCAGGAAUUUUGCCAA